AUGACGGAAGUCAACCAAACCCUGCAGGGAGUUGACACCCCGGCUGUAGAUUCCUUGAAACCGAAAGUGAAGACUAGAAUAGCCUGUUGGAAUGUAAGAACUUUGUACCAGACCGGCAAGUUUGCCCAAGUGGUAAGAGAGUUUCAUAAUUACGGCCUUGACAUCCUUGGGGUCUGUGAGACUCGUUGGACAGAGUCGGGACAGAGAACAUUAGCAUCCGGACAUACCAUACUAUAUUCGGGCAGAUUGAAUGGCCAUCACACAGAGGGAGUGGCCUUGAUCAUGAGCAGGAAAAUGGAGAGGACACUCAUCGAAUGGAAACCAUUAGGAUCGAGACUGCUCAAGGCCAGGUUCAACUCAAAGUACACCAAGUUGACGGUGAUAGUGUGCUACGCUCCCAUUGAAGAUGCUGAGGAGGCAGACAAAGAUGCUUUUUACGACCAGCUGCAGGCAGUGACUGAUGAGGUCCCAACACCUGACCUUCUUAUGGUGUUGGGAGACCUGAAUGCCAGACCCGGGAACAAUAACAUUGGCAGGGACCGUGUGAUGGGGAAGCAUGGUAUAGGUACCAUCAAUGACAAUGGAGAAAGGCUGUGCCACUUCUGCGAUAAAAACAACAUGGUCAUAGGAGGUACCUUGUUUCAGCACAGAGAUAUCCACAAGACGACUUGGACCUCGCCCAGUGAAGCCACUAAAAGCCAGAUAGACCACAUUCUAAUCAACGGAAAGUGGAGAGACCUACAGAGGAGCAGAUGUCGCCAGUGA